UUGAACAUGCCAAUUUUAAGUCUAUGAAUUUCAUCAAUAAUACUCAAAGUUACUGAAGUUUUAAGCUUAAUCAUAUCUUGGAAAACAAGUUCAUUAGUCAGUCAGUUAGUCAGUUAGUAUUUAUUUAUUCAUUUAAAAUGGGACAAUGCACAUUAAUUAACAUAAGCACUUGAGUCCAUUAUGUAAACGUAUCAGAUUUAGCCAUUGAGGCUCAUUUACAUCGGCACUCUCUGGCAGGUUGAUGGCAUUAAAAGGACUUUCAUACAAGAGCACAUGAACACAUUUAAAACACAUAAGCACAAUUGAAACACAAUAACAGAGCAUAUUAAAUAUCUGUCCAAUGAAAAGCACAUUAAAACAAACCCAUAAACACACAAAAGUACAUACGCGCAGAUUAAAGCUAAUAGGCACUGACAACUAAAAUAAAAGGACUUAACCCCUACCACAGUUUAUGAAAGCAUGUUUGAUUGACCUGUAACCACUGUUUUACAGAUUGACAUACUGAGUGUAUUAGUUUAUAAUCCAGUGAAUGGCCCACUCUUUGUUCACUGGCCCUCUUUGAGAUUUUCACGUUGAUCUUGGAACUUUGCCCGCAGCGUCAGGUUCGCCACCCAUUUGUCCAUGACCUGCAGGACUGCUGGCAGACUCAGCGCCACCUCUACAUUAGUGAGUCAGCAAAAGACCACUGACCCAAUCCAACCCAGAUCCACUAUCCCAAAACCCCUCACUCUGCCUUUUCCUCUCCUCAACACUGGUAGUCGUGUCCAGAAUCCACCCAAAAUACCAGACCAAACAGCGAGAACAAUACAACCAAAAUAAAAAAGAUAAAAUGAAGUCUUCUUCUUCUGGUUGUUUUGCUUUGAGACUUGAAUCCCUACAAUCCCAAUCUGCUACUGUCUGUGCGUCCUAUAUCUGCUUUGCCUCCUUUUUCCUCUCUUCAGGAGCCUUUACCCUUUUUUAGCAAAUCAGCCACUGACCCAGAACGUGUGUUACCCUCUUCCCUGUGAGAAAAAGGGAGCAAAGUUAGCGCGGGAACCAGAUGUUGAACACUGCAUCUCAACACGUGCACGCGCAGGAGAGGGCACUUGCUCGAAUAGGGAACCAUGCUGAAUUACUAAGCCAUAUACCUGUAGGGCUUGUGAGCAAGUUAAGACUGUAUAAAGCCAUCCUUCUGUAUUAAAGAGGGUGGCUUCUUGAGGCUAGAUUACUAUCUCAAGGGAUGUUCAAUUAUUCCAAACACGCACUUGUUCACUAUUUACCCCACUUUUAGAAACUGUGUGCUUGGCAGACUUACUUUAGUGAGUCACCUUUUUAAUUUGUUUUGGAAAAUAGUUUUAUACUCUCCUCACUUCUAGAUCACGUUCCUCUAUUCUUUUACUUCCACCAGUGUGUGUUCCACAUCCCGCUGACCGUCACUACCCGUCCGUCACACCUCUCAUUGCAUGUCAAAGCAUGUUUUAACGCUGUCUCUUCCCCCGCAGUGUGCGACUACUGCAGCACAGGAGACCUGUACACCUACUGGCAGAUGAUUGGUCAGUUCUCAGAGGACACAGUGCGAGUGUUUGCAGCCGAGUUGGGAUGUGCACUCGGCUUUCUGCACGACUUUGGGAUCAUUCACAGAGAUUUGAAGAUGGAGAAUAUCCUGUUGACAGACAAUGGACACAUCCGCUUAGCUGACUUUGGGUUGUCCCGUCGCCUGGAGGGAGGAGGAAGAGCUUUUACUAUUUGUGGAACCAUCCAAUACAUGGCCCCAGAGGUGCUCAGUGGCGGACCCUACAACCACGCAGCUGAUUGGUGGUCGCUGGGAAUCCUGCUGUUCUCAUUGGUUACUGGGAAGUUCCCCAUGCCUCCAGAACCAGACCACUACAGUAUGCUGAGGAAAGUGAGGUGGUUCCCCUACGAAAUGCCCCUCAGCCUCAGCUCUCCGAUGGCCUUGCUGUUAACAGAGCUUUUGUGUAAAACUCCCUGCCGCCGCCUAAGGACCCUUGAUCGUUUUAAACGUCAAACCUUCUUCCGUGGAACAUCUUUUGACCUCGCCCUGCUGCAACGCCAGCCUGUGGAGGUGAUUCUGGAGCUGAGAGAAAGGCCAGACCGACCUGCCAAAGCUCGCCGAGGCCUAACUUUGUCCCUGCAGCCGCUCAAAGGCUUCGACUACGACUCGUUUCUCAGCCCGCCCGCCACACCGGACACACACCUGGAUGCUGACACACAAACCCACUCAGCUGUACCCCUCCCCGGCCCGGCAUCCCCACUGCAAUGUGCUCAGGAAAAAGUCCCACGCAGGGAAGUGUUUGUGUGACGGACAUUAAGUUAACUGUAUGGUUGCCUAAACACUAAAAUUAGAGGCCUAUAUGUCCGUAUAAUUUCUGCACACUUAUUCACCCUUACACGCAGGUGUGGUGCGCCUUGUAAAAUGUCUUAAAAAUAAUGUAUUUGUAUUUAAUUCGACCUUUAGUGUAGAAAGGAAUGAUUAAUCUGAUUAACAUUUUUUUUAAAAACACUUUCCCCCUUGUACAAGAGAGUCUUACGUUGUUUUUGGGGGUUUUUACUUGUUUUGCCUUUCUCCAAUGACCACCUUUUCAAGCCUAAUGCAUUUGCUCAACAGUUGUGCAAGAAAGACUGCGCUGUUUUUUCAGUUUUCAUGUGACUCAUCAUGGUUUGAAUAGUUUACUACCUGUGACUCAGGGUUGCACCCGGAGGUUUCCCAUGUCAGCCUUGAUUUUGACACCUAGCUUACUUCCAGUUAACAUUUUGACAGAAUCAACCUUUUCUAUUAUCUUAGGCUGCUGUAACCCUACCCUUUGACCACCCCUUUAUGCACUUACCUGAUCAUAUUGUAUUAUGAUUUUGUAAAUAAUGCCCUGAAGUGUAACGAGAAUACCUGACAUGUGAUCCUGAGCUUGCUUUUUUUGUCACCAAAAAAAUGCUUAUUUAUACAUCCUCUUUAUAAAGUUUAUAUGACUAUUUUGGAAGCUAUUUGUUGUUAUCUGUUAUGUUACAAUGUAUUUUUGUAAUGACCAUAUAGCACAGAUGGAAUAUUAAACUCUUGCU